AAAAAGACGAUCAUUAAGAGAGAAGUCAUCUCUCUUCUUCCUCCCAUUCUAUCCAUCCAUCCAUAGCUGUCAAGAGCUGUCCUCUCUCUCUCUCUCUCUCUGUAAAGAGUUCACUGUGGCUCUGAAAGCUUUUCAAUGUGCAUGCUUGCUUUCAUCUUGGAGUGAGUGAGACAGAGAAAUAGCAGCAGCGGCUUUGGUUCAUCAAUGAGCGCGUCGAGGUUCAUAAAGUGCGUGACGGUCGGCGAUGGAGCCGUCGGGAAGACCUGCAUGCUCAUCUCCUACACCAGCAACACCUUUCCCACGGACUAUGUGCCAACUGUGUUUGACAAUUUCAGCGCAAAUGUAGUUGUUGAUGGCAGCACUGUAAAUUUGGGCUUGUGGGACACUGCCGGGCAGGAAGACUACAAUAGGUUGAGACCUCUGAGCUAUCGUGGAGCUGAUGUCUUCCUGCUUGCCUUUUCCCUCAUCAGCAAGGCCAGUUACGAGAAUGUGGCCAAAAAGUGGAUUCCUGAGCUGAGACAUUAUGCACCUGGGGUUCCAAUUAUACUUGUUGGGACAAAGCUCGAUCUUCGAGAUGACAAGCAGUUCUUCUUAGACCACCCGGGGGCUGUUCCAAUCACCACAGCUCAGGGGGAGGAACUGAAGAAGCUGAUUGGGGCAGCUGCUUAUAUCGAGUGCAGCUCGAAGACUCAACAGAACGUAAAAGCUGUAUUUGACGCAGCCAUUAAGGUGGUACUGCAGCCCCCUAAGCAGAGGAAGAGAAAGAAGAGAAAGUCCCACGGCGGCUGCUCCAUACUAUGAUUCAUGAAGAGAAGAUGAAGAAGACAAGCCAUUCGGAAUGUUGGGCAGUUCAGGGAUGAUGUUCAGUUAGGUACUUACAGAAGAAGCACCAGAGGGCUUUGCUUUGGUUAGUUUAUCGAUUUGACUAACAGGAGCGGGUUGAAGGUUAGCAGUUUCUAGAAGGGGGCUUUAUAUUAUUGUUGGGCAUUGUUUGAUUUGCUGGAGCGAGGUCUCAAGGCUUAUGUUGUGAUCUCAAGGCUUAUGUUGUGAUAUGUAUAAUAUCGUAGACGGGACAACGAUGUGAUACAAAUAUAUAUGUGUCUGUAACCUGCAGGGAAGUUUGCUGUGGUAAGGUCUUAGAUUUGCAUAAUUUAACUGCUGAAUUCCUUGAUUGUGAUACUUGGAGGGACUUCAUUUGUGCCUUAAAGUAUGUCCUCUUCUUCUCCCCUCGUACGGCCCGAUUGGAGAUCAUGACUCAAGUUUGUUUUCUAAAUGCCCAUUACUAUGGCCCUGAGAUUUUGCAAUCUUCGGUGGACAUGCAGAUGUGGUCUGUAUUACUGUAAGGAGUAAAUAUUGGUUUCACUGUAA